AAGGAGAGUAUGCAGGUCUUUUGAGUUUCUUUACUUCAUAGACUCCUAUGGCUAUGAUUGUGAAUUAAAUUUCCAUUAGCAAUGGAGAAAUUUAAUGGAAAGGACCUCUCCCAUACUAUAUUAAAAGAUUACAAACUUGAUCGAUCAGUUUUAAAAGUUAAGAACGAGUUUGCAAACAACCUUAAAGGUUAAGGGUUGAAGCCAAUGUACAGAUAAAAAGGUUGAGGACUGAAAAGUAAAAACGGUAAUAUUUACCCAAAAAUAAAAAAGGUUAAAAACUAAAAUGCACCGUCGGGAGUCUUCGUGUCUAAACUUCUCGUUUAAGCUGUGCGGCUCAGCACCUGGAAUCCAGCCGUAGCAGAGGGGAAUGGGGAAGCAAGAUGAAGACGAAGACCGGAGAAGAGAGGCAGCAAUAGCAUCGACUCCUUCUUUUCAGCUCAAUUUCAAGCCCGAUGGCGUCACACAACAGCAGCUUUCUAAAUUCCAGGAGCUGCACAGGAGGCGCCUACAGAUAAAAUCAAAAUCGAAGAUUUAUAAAAAAGCAAAAGAUGGUAAUGGGAGGAAAAGAUUUUAUUCUAAAGACAUCAAUAAUGUUGAUAAUGUGGAUUCUCAAGCAACAGAUCCAAAUACUGAACUUGAAGAUAUAAGUGCUCCGAACUUGGAAAGCCACUGUGAGGGUAAUAAUCCCACUAUCCAGCAAGAGAAUGUAGCAGUGCAGCUUGCUCCAAAGAAACGCCAGAAAUUACAUUGGGGGCUUGACACUAAGGAAAGGUGGGAAAGGAAGGCAAACAUGUAGGUACUCUAAACUUCACUGACUAGAUGUUCAAAAGUUUCUUCCCGUGAGUUGAUUGGUAAAAAAAUGCUAAAAGAGAACAAUCUUGGUUGAGUACUGCCGGCAGCCAAGGGACAUAGAUCAUAGGAGGGAGAAAUUGUUGACUGUAUUUCAUUGAUGUGCACAUAGGAUUGUAUGCGUCAAUGUCCAGGCGAACCGUUCAUCGGUAACCAUAUUCAAUCUCAAAUGUAGUUUUAAUGAUUAUUUUUUAUUAGAACUACAACCUAGAGAUGUUAUUGACAGUUGCUGUUCUUCCUCUUUAGUCAAAACUCUUCAUUUAUUUUAGCUACAAUAAGUAAAUGCAUGAAAA